UGUAUGUUUGUCCAUCAUACGUAGUAGGGUGCUACAAUUUCUCUCGCUUUUUUUUUUCGUACGUUUCGUCGCGUUUCGUGGACAAGACUGAUGAGAGUUACAGCGUUGGGGUUUCUACAAUAUUCUGAGAAAUUAUCGCAUUGAAAAUUUCCCGCAUGAGUUCAUCCGAUUCGAAUUAAUUUGCAGCUGAACGGGUUCGUUUGUUUGUCCUUGACGCGACCGAUGUGGAGACUCCACGCGAGUCUCCUCGAUAAAUCGUUCAAAGAUGCAAAUGCAGGAGGCUGAAGGUGCGGAUGGAUCUCCAUGGAAUAAUUCAAGUGGCUGCGAUGAGGAGCGUAGGCUGGCUCCAAAGGAGGGUAAAAAGUCAAAUGUGUUGCCACUAUGGGGCAACGAGAGGACUAUGAAUUUGAAUCCUUUGAUUCUCACCAACAUACAGUCGUCGCAUUAUUUUAAGGUGAAUCUGUAUGAACUCAAGACCUAUCAUGAGGUGAUUGACGAGAUCUAUUAUAAGGUCUCUCACUUAGAACCAUGGGAAAAAGGCAGCAGAAAGACUGCAGGCCAAACUGGCAUGUGUGGAGGCCGGUUCAUGCAGGUACGAGGCGUGGGAGCUGGCGGAAUUGUUUCAACGGCAUAUUGUCUAUUAUACAAACUCUUCACGCUGAGGCUAACUAGAAAGCAGCUGAAUGGGCUUAUUAAUCAUCCGGACUCACCCUACAUACGCGCCCUAGGAUUUAUGUACAUUAGAUAUACACAGCCACCGGCAGACUUGUUCAGCUGGUACAACGAUUACCUGGAGGAUGAAGAGGAGCUAGACGUGAAGGCGGGUGGCGGGCAAGUCAUGAAAAUGGGCGACAUUCUCAAACAAUUCCUUACCAAACUCGAGUGGUUCUCUACAUUGUUUCCACGGAUACCAGUACCAAUCCAAAAAGAUUUGGAGUUGCGGUUGGCCGAGCGUUUUCCGCAACAGCAGGUGAAUGCACGAAACGCUAAGCCGCCAAUCACUCUCAAUAGCCAUGGCAAGUAUGGCAACAAGGAUGGUCGUAAGGACAACGGUAACUUGACAUCACGUAAUCAGCAACCUCGUCAUAUCCCCGAUAACGAGACUCAGUGGGGCGAGGCCGAGCGUAUGAGCCAGUGGCGUGCCAGAACCGAUGAGGAUCGUAAGGACAAGAAUAGAGAGCGCGAUCGCGAUCGCGAGAGAUUGCGGGAGCGUGAUAGAGAAAGAGCUCGCGAACGGGAUCGUGAAAGAGAUAGGUAUAACAAAAGAUCGAACAGUCGUGACAAAAAUAGAAGACAGAGGGAUUAUAGAAGCCGUAGCAGAGACAGAUCAUAUACAGAUCGAAGCAGGGAUCGCCAUCGCGACAGAGAUCGACAUCGGGAUAGGAGAGGCUCACCGUAUGAUUAUGCUACAGAAUUGGCACGCGAACGCGAAAGGCAACGAAUUGAAAGAGAAUGAGAAACGAAAACGAUUACACAUUGUGUACAUAUUUAAUUCUUUCUACGAACUAUGUAACGAACAUUAAGAAGAAAAAGUGACAGUAGCUACCGAGCCAAGUCAUCACCAUCACCACCACCUCUACCACCACCAUC